AAAAAUAAAUUAAAAAAUAAUUUAAUUUUAAUUAUGUAAAAUGUCCCAUCUCCAUUUUGGAGCUCUGAGAUUUUGAUUUCUUGGACUAAACUCACCAAAUCGAAGCCACCGAUUCCAAAUCCUACAACUUUUCCCUUCUUCCAAGUUGCACCACCUGAUCAUCAUCAGAUAACAUAAGCUUCUUUCUGAGUAUUGAGUAUAUAAUUCAUUUCUCUCUUGAUUAUGAGUUCAGGUAUAGAAUAUUCAUAAUUUGUGAUUAACUCAACUAGAGAUUGUUCAUAAUUGGUGUUUGGAUCAUAACUCCAAUAAUGGGUUCUCUACCAGCAACAGUUCCGGAGUUCCAUUUCCCGGACUCUUCUUCCAAACAAACCCCAAUCCAUAACCAAUCCUCCAUUGAUGAAACUACACUCCUCAACCUUUUCAAAUCUCAACAAGAUUACCUCAAUUUCUUCUUCAACAAUCUCGACAUUUUCCAAACGCUAACUUUCACCAGAACCCUCCUAGAUUCCUCUGGCACCGUCUUCUUCUCCGGCGUAGGCAAGUCUGGCUUUGUCGCCCGAAAGAUUUCCCAGACUCUUGUCUCGCUUGGCGUUCCCUCUGGAUUUCUUUCUCCUGUUGAUGCACUCCAUGGUGAUAUUGGCAUUAUCACCAAGAGAGAUGUUUUGGUUCUCUUUAGUAAGUCUGGGAACACUGACGAGCUUCUAAGACUUGUUCCUUGUGCCAAGGCCAAAGGGGCUUAUUUGAUCUCGGUGACAUCUGUGGAGGACAAUGCCCUUGCUAGGGUUUGUAAUAUGAAUGUGCAUUUGCCUCUUGAGAGGGAACUCUGCCCUUUCAAUUUGGCCCCUGUGACGUCGACUGCAAUUCAGAUGAUUUUUGGGGACACGGUGGCAAUCGCGCUCAUGGGUGCUAGGAAUUUGACAAGGGAGGAGUACGCCUGUAAUCAUCCCGCCGGUCGGAUUGGAAAAAGCCUCAUCUUCAAGGUGACAGAUGUAAUGAAGAAACAAGAUGAGUCACCUGUUUGUAAAGAGACAGAUCUUAUAAUGGAUCAGCUAGUUGAGCUAACAAGUAAAGGGUGUGGAUGUCUACUUGUUAUAGACCAAGAUUAUCAUUUGAUUGGUACUUUUACAGAUGGUGAUCUUCGUCGUACUCUCAAGGCUAGUGGCGAAGCCAUCUUCAAGCUCACUGUUGGAGAAAUGUGUAAUAGGAACCCAAGAACCAUUAGUCCAGAUGCAAUGGCUGUAGAAGCCAUGAAAAAGAUGGAAGCUCCACCGUCCCCGGUACAGUUCUUGCCUGUUGUCGAUUAUGAAAACAGAGUAAUCGGAAUUGUCACACUGCAUGGAUUAGUUUCAGCUGGCUUAUAAUAUGUAUGAUUCUCUUUCAUCUAUUGAAUUUGAUUAUAUUCUUUACCAGUUAUUCUUUUAUUAUAGGAACUCAACCCACCUCUUUAGUAAAGGUUUCAUGUGUAUUGUAUCAGUAUAGGUCUUCUAUACUAUAAUUUAUAUAUAAAUAUUAGAUAGUUAAUUAUUUUAACAAUGUCAUCACUGGUUUUUAAGCAUUGUGGUUUUGUGACUCUGAAUAUGAAACAUGUCAAACUACAUUCUGAUUUCUGAAGCUUAA